UUCUAUCCGGUGAUGUCCCUGCAAAAGGGAACACGUUAUAGCUCCGGCUGGCGAGGUUUUCUCCAGCCGACAGACCGUCCACUCCCCCUCAGUCUCUACCCCUCUAGACUGCAGGCAGGCAUGGCGGCUAUCGAGGCACGGGAAUGCGAAACAGAAGGUUGUAGCAGCGAGGCCAAACUUCAGUGUCCAACCUGUAUCAAGCUCGGGAUCCAAGGCUCAUACUUCUGCUCUCAGGAGUGCUUCAAAGGGAGCUGGGCCACUCACAAGCAGAUGCACAAAAAAGCAAAGGAUGAUAAGAACCAGGAUGAGGCAAAGAACUGUGUGGAGAACGACACCAACACAGACCCAUGGCCUGGCUACCGCUACACGGGAAAACUACGCCCUCACUACCCACUCACUCCCAUGAGGCAUGUCCCCGGUGACAUUGAAAGACCUGACUAUGCCGACCAUCCACUAGCAGCAGAAGUGGGUCUUAUGGCAGGCAUGUCUGAGUCGGAACAGUCUUUGAAGGGCACUUCACAGAUCAAGAUCCUUUCUGCCGAAGACAUUGAGGGCAUGACAGUUGUGUGUAAGCUGGCCCGAGAGGUGCUCGACAUCGCCGCCCUGAUGGUAAAACCUGGCAUGACCACGGAGGAGAUUGACCACACUGUGCACCUGGCCUGCACAGCCAGAAACUGUUACCCCUCCCCUCUCAACUACUACAACUUCCCCAAGUCCUGCUGCACGUCAGUCAACGAGGUCAUCUGCCACGGCAUCCCAGACAGGAGACCUCUGGUGGAUGGGGAUAUCCUCAACGUGGAUAUUACUGUGUACCACAAUGGAUUUCAUGGAGACCUCAACGAGACCUUCUUCGUUGGAGAGGCAGAUGAAGGGGCGAAAAAACUUGUCCAGACCACCUUUGAAUGCCUUAUGCAAGCCAUCGACUCCGUGAAGCCAGGUAUCCGCUACAGGGAGCUUGGUAACAUCAUCCAGAAACAUGCCCAGGCUAAUGGCUUCUCUGUGGUGCGGAGCUACUGUGGCCACGGCAUCCACAAACUGUUCCACACUGCCCCUAACGUGCCACACUAUGCCAAAAACAAAGCAGUCGGAGUGAUGAAGCCUGGCCAUGUAUUCACCAUCGAACCCAUGAUCUGUGAAGGUGGUUGGCAGGACGAGACGUGGCCUGAUGGCUGGACAGCAGUGACCCGGGACGGAAAGCGUUCUGCCCAGUUUGAGCACACCCUCCUGGUGACUGAGACGGGCUGUGACAUUCUGACGCGCCGGCUGGAUGACAACGGACGUCCCCACUUCCUGAACCAAAUCUAAACUGGGGGGGGGGGGUACAGCCACAAAUGGACUGUCUCACGGGACGCUUUCUCUUUUGCACCCCCGUCGUAUCACACACACAAACACACACACACCUCUAACCUGAGGCACCACACCCCCUGGAGGCCCGCCUGCCCGCCCGCCGUGGCCCAGCUCUCACUGUUCAACGAAUUUAGUGUCUUUCUCCAAAAUUAACGGAAAGUACUUGAAUACAUCUAUCAACUGUGUGGAUUGUUUUAUCUAGGCUGUUUAAAAAAUAAAAAUAAAAAUAACUGUCUCAUCAGGAAA